AUGAUGAAUGAUUUAGAGAUUAGAGAGAAAGAGGUGCUUGAGUUAAGUGACGAAGGAAAUGACGAUGAGCGUGAAGGUGAUGCACAAGGAAAUUUCCUGGAUGGGGACUCUACUCGGUCGAGAGAGUUCUGGAUUAAGGUUCAUAAGAAACGUUGUGAAGGAUUGCCAUGGAACAGAGCAAUGAGUGAAGUCCAAGUUGAAGGAAUGAUCCAGAGGUACAGGGAUAAUGGAGAACUGGAUAGUGAAGAUCCAGCAUUGAUAAUGUUAAAACAGUGGCCAUUAUCCGAACGUUUCAAAAAUGAACCUGAUAAACUGGCAAGCCUUGAAAAGAUGAUAAAUCAGUUUUUGGAGAUUCUGUUGGAAAGUGAUUUGAAUUUAGAUCAUCACUAUGAGGUAUUAAGAGAUGAAAAGGACAUAGCAAAGAAAACAUUGCUACACUAUGCUGCAGAACUUGGAUUUUUACAUGUUGCAAAAACAAUUGUGAGGAAAUGUCCAUUACUGUUGGUUGCAAAGACAAAACAGCAGCUACGACCACUUAAAAAGAGGCGCUUGUUACCUGUUGAGCUGGCACUGAUAGGAGAAAAUGAUGGAGUGGCUGCAUAUUUGAUAAGGAUGAUGUGGCCUAACAGUGUCCAGAGUUUAUUUUCUUGGAGACCAGAUGAUGACACAACAAACCCUCAGCCAUCUUUCUUCAGUUUAAACUCCAUCAUCAACAAUCCUAAAAUGAAGGAAACAGUAGUGGCUGUAUUAGACCAGAUGGUGAACCCUCACUGGCCAUACCUUCCAAAACGGAAGGACAGUUAUGUCUCCCAAGAAGAAAAAGAGGGAAUUGAAGGAGUCUGGAAGACAAUCCCAGAAGAUCCAUUGAACUAUCAUUUUUGUUAUGCCAUCUUGGAUGGUGAUGCAGGAGGGCGACCUCCAAAAGUUGUGUUGUCAGGGCAAGACCAAGAGUCAGAUAACAAAUAUUUUAAUUGGAGAGACAGCUCAUGUUUAAACAUGAUUGCAAAGAGAAAGAAUAAGGAGGCCUUGCAACAUCCAGCUGUCAGAAUGUUGAUUAAGACAAAAUGGAAAAGUUAUGGACAUUUCUUUCUCAGCCUUCAAACAGCAGUGUAUUUCAUCUUCCUGCUGUUCUUGUCAUUUUCUCUGCUGUAUGGUUCAACCAAACCAGACCCCACCCAGUACAGCGGUGGAGCAGACUUGUUGUGUGGAUUUUGUGAGAUUGUCACUCUUGUCAUGGUGAUCUUUUACAUAUGUGAAGAAAUGAAUCAAAUGAGAAUAGAGAGGUAUUCCUAUUUCUCAGAGUGGAUGACCCUAUUUGACUGGUUAGGUUUGUUGCUGAUCCUGUGUAUAAUACCCUUGCGGUUCUCUGGUAGCAAAGCUCAAUGGACAGUUGCAUCUUUAGCUAUCUUGUUUAAUUUCAUGAGGAUUUUUAAGUUCUCAUGUGUGACAAGGACUACAGGACUAUACACGAAAACCUUGGCGAAGAUCAUUCAGCAAGACUUGACAAGAUUCAUGGCAGUUUUUGUUGCGAUUUUCCUUCCCUUCUGUGGGGCUUUAUAUUUAUCUCUCCGUUCAUCCAAUCAAAACCAAGAAUUAAGUGGCUUUGGAGAUGUAUUGUUGAGCGGUGUUAUUGCUCUCUCUGAUCAACGAUCUAUUGUGGCAGAUUAUUCAAGCUUCAAUUGGCUCUCCACUCUGUUGAUGCUAGCGUACAUGGGAACUGUACUUGUGAUUUUACUCAACAUACUCAUUGCACAGAUGAGCACGACUUACAUUCAGGCCAAGAAAGUCGCCCGUCUGGAGUAUGAUGUGGAUCGUAUUUUACAGAUCACUCGUAUGGAGAGAUUUCCUUUUCUGAAUUUACGCGUGAAGUAUUACAAAGAGGGAGAAUGGAUCAGUGAAAAGAAACUUGCGGAAGAGCUCCUUGAAUUCAGUGAAGAUCGCAAUCCUUGGGAAUCAGUGGAAGAAAAGCUUAACGCGAUAAGGGAUAUGAUGAGAAAGAUGGUAAAACAGAUGAGACCUGAAAGAGGGUGA